ACCCCGUGGUGGGCUGGGAAGCACCAAGGGAAGGACGCAAAUGCCUCUGUGCAGGCACCCGACUUCCCUGCAAGAAGCAGAUCAUGGCCAUGAGCCGAGGCAGCAGCAGAGGUAGGAUGAGCGCAGCAGCUGUGAUGCUGCCUGUCUCCAGCUACCGUCACCAACCUGCUCGUGUCUCUCCCCUGCCCAAAGGUGGGGUAGGAUGGGGGCUGUGGAGGCUUUGGCUGUGGGCCCGAGGAUGGCUGGCAGGAGCAUCGUCUGUCAUCCACUGUCAGGCGAAGUGUGGCCGCCCCUGGGUGAUCCCGCACCGGCUUGAUUUUACAGCCAUGACUGGCACUUGAGCCUGUUUGCUGAGGGCAGGGGGCACGCGGGGCUGUCAGCUCACGGCUGCCUCUGACCCCGUACGGGACACCAUAAAUCUCCUGGUUUAAGGCAGCCUGGGCUGUUCUGGACAUGGUGCUGUUGAACACAGUGUGCAGGAUAAUGUGCGGCCCGACCCUGUGCCUGCUGGAGGUAAAGCAGCGGUGGCUGCCGGUGAGCAAAACCAACAUCUAGGAAAUAGUGCCUAAAUCCCUUUAAUUUUUUACAUAUAAAAAACCAAGGAUUGUCUGAAUUUAGAGCAUCGGGAAUAUCUAGUGUUGCUUGUUCUGGUUUUGCCUGGUUUUCCUUAGGCAACCCGGAGAGGUGGAUACGGGGAGCUGCCUCACCCAUGCUGUGGCACAUCAGCUGUUUGCACAGCUCAACAUGGAGGGUUUUCAUCCCAAGCAUGUGCUGAACCGACAAGCUGAGUGUGUGAGUGUGUGCUGCCCCUGGAAACCUGCCCCUGCUGCAGCUGAGCACCUUCAGUACCCAUCCUGCCCAUUCCUAUGGUGCUCCUAAAGACUUCCAGUUAAACGCAGGCUUGGCCUAAGACUUCUUUCUACAUGUAGGAAAACCCCUCAGAAACAUCCUUCUGGCCUUUUGCAUGAAGAAAAAGGGAAGGAAAAUGCAUAAGGGGCUGAUUUUGUGGGAAUUUUUUGCCAGAACAAGGCAGUUGCCCGCCCUGUGCUGUGCUAGGUCUGAUGAUACUGAUGCGGGGGCUGUUUUUCUCCUUGAGCCCUGUGGGGCCAGCCCAGGGAUGGGGCAGUGCCCGGGCUCCCUUGCCCGCCUGCAGCACCCCCUAACAGUGAUGAUGCUGGGCAAGACCAGGUGAGACCCCUGGGAGAUCCAUCCCUGGAGGUGCGUUUUGGGGUGAAAAGCUGAGUGUGCGGUGGGGAGAGGUGUGGGGGCACGGGUGCCUGGGGUUGCUGGGUGCCUGAGCAAAGGGGGAAAAUGCGCGAGCUGGAUGUCAGCGCGCGUGUGAGAGAGAGAAAUGUCCUGUGACUGCAGCUGGCGUGUGCCUACGUGUGCAAGGUGGGGGGGGGGGUAUUUUUGGGGUAGGGGUGAGCAGAGAGGAGUGCGUGUGUCUGUGCUGGGGGGGUGCGCAGUGUGCGUGUACAGGGUCGCGUGUGCGUAGGGGGGCUGCGCGUGCGAGGGGUGUGAGCGGGAAGGAGGGGGCCGCACGGGAAAGGCCGUACGGGUGUGCAAGCUGUUGCGUGCGUGAAAGGGUCUGUGCGGGGGGGGGGGGGGCUGCGUGGGUGCGCGCACCAGGGCUGCGUGCAAGCACACGUGUGUGUGCGGGAGGGCUGCACAGGCGUGUGCCCGGCGGUGUGCGUGUGCAGGCGGGCCGUGCACGCGCGUGUGUGCCUGUGCGGCGGUGCGGCCCGCCGCUCUGUCACUCAGAGGCCGGCUGACAGGAGCUGCCUCUCCAGCGGCGGCAGAUAGCGCUGAUUGCUGAUUCGAGGAAACAAAAUAGCAAUUGUAAUUAUGGGCUCUGAUAAGAUAAAGGAGGGCGCGGGGAGCGCGGGGACCGGCAGCGGGGCACGGCCGGCAAAUUAGCAGCUGUCACUCAGCGCCGAGCAGGCGGCGCCGGCCCCGGCCCCGGCCAGGUACCGGCCCCGGGGGCCGCCCGCCGCAGCCCCGCCGCAGCCCCCGCCCCGGUGCGCAACAGGUGGCGGGGCCGGGAGCGCCGGGGCUCGCCGGAACAAUGCAGCCCUCGGCGGCCCUGCCCGGGCUGCGGGGCUGAGCCCCGUCCCGCCGCCGCCGCCCGGCCCCAUGGCCCCGCACCGCCGGCCCUGAGGGCGCCCGCCCGCCCCACCAGGACGUGCCGGCAGGGCGAGAGGAGGCGAGGAGCCGAGGCAGCGCCGCGCCGCGCCCCCCCGGGCGCUCCCCGCCGCCGCCGGGCCCCGGGCUCCCGGCCCCGCACCGGCGCCGCGAUGGACCCCUGCUCCUCGCUCUUCAGCUACGUGUUAAUGCACUUGUUCGUCCUCUGCCUGCAAGCCCAGGUAACUGUUCAGUCCCCACCUAAUUUUACACAGCAUGUGAGGGAGCAGAGCCUGGUGACGGAUCAGCUCAGCCGGCGGCUCGUCCGUACCUACCAGCUGUACAGCCGGACCAGCGGGAAACAUGUGCAGAUCUUGGACAACAAGAAAAUCAAUGCGAUGGCAGAGGAUGGGGAUGUGCACGCCAAGCUCAUCGUGGAGACGGACACCUUCGGGAGCCGCGUGCGCAUCAAGGGGGCAGCCACAGGUUUCUACAUCUGCAUGAACAAGAAGGGGAAGCUGAUCGGCAAGAGCAAUGGCAAAGGCAAGGACUGCGUCUUCACGGAGAUCGUCCUGGAGAACAACUACACAGCGCUGCAGAACGCCAAGUACGAGGGCUGGUACAUGGCCUUCACCCGCAAGGGCCGCCCGCGCAAGGGCUCCAAGACCCGGCAGCACCAACGGGAGGUACAUUUCAUGAAGAGGCUUCCCAAGGGCCACCAGACCACCGAGCCCCACAGACGCUUUGAGUUCCUCAACUACCCCUUCAACCGGAGAAGUAAAAGGACUAGAAACUCCAGCUCCAGGGCAGGGCCUUGACGUGCCUGCCUCUGCCUGCCCUGCCUGGACCUCUCCUGGAGGACUCUCCUCUGAGCUUGGUGGACUAUAUGUAGAGACUUUCCCAUAUGGGUAUUAAACAAACAAACA